CGUAGUAUAAUUUGUUUACAGUCGAUGGGUACAUGCAUGUAUCAGCUCUUAUCUGCCGAUUUUAAAUCGUUUGCAAAUGUUAUAAACUGUCAACACUUUAAUCUACAACAUGUGUGGUAAUAAAGAUCGAUGAUCGUUAUUAUAGUGGAUGUAACUGCUUGUUUCAGUGAAACUUCCAUCUUAGCAAACACACAAAGCUUCAAAUUCGUAAAAAAGGAAACGUAUUGACGUCGUUGCGGAAAUAAUAACAGAAUCGGCGCCAUAAAAACAGAUGUUACCGAGAACUCGCCGGGAUGUCACUUGAACGUUAAUAUCUAAGCGACGUCAUAUACAAACAAAGUUGUAUUGUCAACGUCGUCGAUCGCAAAAACAGUUACGCCAAAUAAACACACAAGAAAUGGCAAGCAUCGAAGUCAGCACAACGUCAUUGGCAUCCACUGCUACAACCAUGGGAACGGAAGGUAAAAAAGCGCCCAGAAAGAAUAAGCUAGUUAUAGAAGCGGACUCAAAGAUCAAGCGAGAACUCAACCGGAAGGACCUCAAGUAUAGUCACCGGCCGUCCGUCGUCGUCGUCAUCAUAAAAUGGUUCUCAACUGUCCUCCUCUUCUUGCUUCUAUUGGCUUUCGUAAAUUUUAGCAAAGUCGGGUCAAUCUCACUAUCUCACAUAAUGUCUCGCGGAGUUUUCGAAACCGGGACUGCACAGCAACGCGCACAAGGUAUUUUGGUUUUGCUGCAGAUCGCAACAAUCGUUCCUCACGUGUUCAGCUUUCUACGCGGCAUCCUCACCGGUGCGUUGCGGAAGGACAUCCCCUGGCCCAGCCGACGAUCCCUUAUCGGGGGCGUGGUACUGAGCGUAGUGGAGUCAGUUGGCACCACGCUGUUCGUGUUCUGCGUACCGGGACUCACAGGGCCGGGAACUACGGUGUUACUUAUGAGUGGGGUCUUCGUACUUCCCGUCCUAUACAACGCUUUACAUAGCUGGAUGGCGGAUAGGGGGCGCACUGCCAAGUUUUUCUUUACGGUGGCUCUCGCAUUUGAAUUAGCUGGUCUGGGUUUAGCAGGAUACACGUUCGCGAACCAUAACAAGAUCCCUGAUCAGGACGUGGGCACCGUGGAGGAUUCCACCCGUUUUGGUGUCAUGGUUACCGCUGUGCUAUGCCUCUCCGUCGCCUGGAUACCGGCGAUCCAGCGCCGUUUGUUGAACACUGGAAGUGACGCCGACGUGACGUCAGAACAAACGCUCGAUGAUAGUGACGCGUUCGCUAGAGAAAUCAUGGGGGAACAAACGUUCGUCAAGAGUCUUGCGUCGUCCAGAGAAACCACGGGGCACAGCGAGCCAUCAAGUAGUGGAUACCAAUCCAUAUCCAACAGCAAUCCUAUGCGAGCAAGCGUCCGAUUGAACAAUGUUAUCGCCUCCCAGCCCGCCCAAAAACCAACCCGGAAGUUGGCCCCGUCUACGUGGAAACUGACUAUUGUCAUGUCCGCCGUGAAGGCUGUGUGCAUAUUUGGCUUUUCCAUCCUGUUUUACGCGUGGAUGUUGCCCAAUGCCUCUGCUGAUGACUGGGUGAAGGGAUGGGGGCAAAUGAGCCAGCUGACCAAGACUGAUUGGGUGAUGUUCGUCGGCAAUAUCGGCGGGACUUUCUUUGGAUAUUUCACGGCUUACAUCGCUUGCACAACGCGCAUGCAGCGGUUCGGAUUCUCAGUUCCUUUGACGUUGUUUAGCACGCCGCUAUCAUACGUCACUUUCUACGCAAUGUGCGCACGUGGUGACUUAGGUGAAGCCAAUUGCACGAUGUAUGGCGACGCAUUCUCGGUGAGCGCUCUGGUGUUGCUCGUUGUCGCUCAGACGCUUUCCAACGGGUAUCUGCUCUUCCGAUCUCAGUUUCUAGCCAUGCUGAAAGAAGAUCAGUUGUUUUGGACGCCUAUGUACACCAGCGGCCUGUUGGAGCAAUGGCUGAUACUGUCCAAGAAGACCGAGUACCACGACGAACAGCAUGAGGAUCCCGUGCUAAAGGCGAGCCGGACGAAGGUCAUCAUAUGUACCACAAUGUACAGAGAGGCGGACUACGAAAUGCGACAACUCCUGCAGUCAAUCAACGGCAUCCAUCGCGCACAGACGGACGGUGUACGGAAGUUCGAGUCGCAUAUAUUCUUCGAUGGCGCCGUGAAAGACGUUAACCCAACGGAUUUCGUUCUACAGCUUAUAUCUCUGGCAGAAGAAGAACUAGGUGUGACUGCUACGUUUUGUACGCGCACGCGCACACCGUACGGAUUGUCAGUGUCAUGGAAUCUUAACACCCCGCACACCAACAGCAAUAUGGUCUUCAAAAUACACCUGAAGGAUAACAUCAAGGUGAAGAAUAAGAAGCGAUGGAGCCAAGUGAUGUACAUGUCUUACGUGUUGGACUUCAUCCUGAAACAGGAGAAAUGUUCCGAGGAAGAAUGUUUCAUUCUCACCACCGACGCAGAUGUCCGCUUCAAUGUUAACUCUGUGGAAGCGCUGCUUGAUCUGAUGACACGUGACCCGAGUGUGGGGGCGGUGUGCGCGCGCACCCAUCCGCUAGGAAGCGGCCCCCUCGUCUGGUAUCAGGUGUUCGAGUACGCCAUUGGUCAUUGGUUCCAAAAGGCAGCCGAACACGUUAUCGGUUCGGUCCUAUGUUCGCCCGGAUGUUUUAGCGUCUACCGUUGCAGCGCUAUCCGUGACAUCCUACCCGAGUACGCCACGAACGUGGAGCACGCGUUUGACUUCCUGACCAAAGACAUGGGGGAGGAUCGCUGGUUCUGCACACUCAUGGUGCAGAGUGGAUGGAGAAUCGAGUACUGCGCAGCCGCAGAAAAUAGUACGCAUUGCCCGGAAGACUUCGAUGAGUUCUUCAAACAGCGUCGCCGUUGGGUAGCCUCCACAUUGGCCAACCUAAUGUUGCUGGUGAAAGAGUGGAGCACAAUCUCGAGAUUAAAUCCCCGAGUUUCCGCCGUGUUCCUGCUAUACCAAGCUGUGCUCCUUUUCGCCACUCUGAUUGGACCCAGCUCCAUCAUUCUCGUGGUCACAGGCGGUCUGACGUAUGCAUGGCAUAUUAACCCUACGACGACCGUAAUACUACAGCUGAUAGUGACGGUGCUAUACGCCGUGAUUUGUCUUACGACGUCAUCGAAAACGCAGCUCAAUACGGCGAAAUUGCUAACAUUCCUGUACGCCAUCAUCAUGGCUGCGGUGAUGGUGGGAACCGCUGUUCAGGUUGCCAAAGACAUCUCAAAGGCGAGUGAUGCAGCGCUGAUCCACGAAUCGUUCCCUAUUUCCACCACCACGCUGUACCUGGCCAUCAUGGUGGGCAUAUUCUUGCUGACGGGGAUGAUGCACCCGAGCGAAUUCUACUGUCUCCUGCACGGUUUUUGGUUCUUUCUCUGCAUCCCCGCCGGCUAUCUGAUCCUAAUGAUCUACAGCAUCUGUAACAUCACCGACCAAUCUUGGGGAACUCGAGAGGUUAAAGAGCACUCAGUGCGCGUGGCACACCGAAACUGGCAAGACAGACUGACAGCAAUGUUCAAGGAGGUGUUCUUCUGUUGUUUCACCCGUCGUGAGACGAGGUCAAUAGAGAGCCAAACGGAGGCGGGCGUUCGGAAGCCAAUGUCGCGCAGCGGAUCCGUGAGCGAGUCGUCGGAAACCAAUACCGACGCCAAAACAGUGAGAACGUUUAACACAUCUGAAGACGGAAAUUCGAUUCGAGGGCUGCCGAGAAUUCACGAAGAAUAUGACGAAGUAGAGGAUGCCCGUGUAAGCUUCUCGGAUACGGAAGAGGACGACGACGACGACAAGAUAAACAAUGAGGAAGGUGUAAAGGUGGAAGAAUGGCUGACGUCUGACUUUGAUGCAUACGAAAGCGUGGUUCAAAAGUUUAAAGAUAACGGAUUUGAGAACACCAUCUUCAUUAGCAAAAUGACAGACAAAGAGCUGAAAGAUAUGGGUAUCAAAAGUUCGGGACAGAAACGCUACCUGAUGGAGAAGAUAAAGAAACUCCCAGACUACGACAUAGUUGCGGAUGUGCCGAAAAACGUCAAAAGUUGGUUGAAGAAAAUUGGCCUGGAAAUGUACACGACCAACUUCAAACAAGAGCACAUUAACUCCUCUAAAGAUAUGGAGAUACUGAAGUCAUUCUCUCGAAAAGACAUACAAACGGAGCUUAAAAUCAACAAAAUAGGUCACAUCAAACGGCUGAUGCAAGCUAUUGCCAAACUUAGGAACCCAACAUCCGGUGAACGGAAGAUUCUUGAAGUUCGACAACGUUUAAAGAAGUCUCUCUUGCACAAGAUGCGCGAACACCAGCCAGAGGAGGAAGAAUUCUGGCAAACGCUGCAAAAUUUGUGUCUUUUGCCCCAGUCCACUGCAUAUGGACUUGAGGAAGAUCUUAAACGUGACUUGGGAGAGUUGCGCAAUAAGUGGAUUGUCAUUCUGGCUGUAUUCAACACUCUUUGGAUGGUCCUAAUUUACACCCUCGCUGAUCAGGGGAAGCUACUCAGUGUCGCAAGCAGUAAUCCAGUCGGUCUGGUAGUUCUUGUGGUAUUCAGCUUUGUGCUUUUUGUCCAGUUUAUCGCCAUGAUCAUUCACCGCAUUACGACCGCCACCCACUUCCUGGCACGCGCCCCCUACCGGUUUGGUGCUAAAUACCGCACCGCGUGGGCUCUAAAUGACUGUGACAUGCCAGAGGAAACAGAGGCCAGGCGGGCGCGCGCAGAAGCGAUACGGAUGGCAGAAGAUCGCAUCAUUGAUGGUAGAUCCACUAGGGUUGCUAAACCGGAAGAGAAACAGCCACUGCUUCGGCAAUCGGAAGACUCCAUAUCCAACGCCUGAAACGGCGAGACACAAAUGUAUAAUAUUUUACCAUGACGACAUGAAUUGAAUAGUGAUAUAAACAUUUCACAUUUUUCAAUACAGAUUUGCCGUUCAUAAUCUUUCAUACAAAGACUCCGAGUUUGGAUACGUGAUCUAAUUAUUUAAAUUAUAUAUACUCAUUAGAUUAUGUGUUUUAAUAGUAACGUUUGAUAAAUGUAUAUUUUAAAAUCUAUAGUAUAUAUAUGACAUAUAUUACUUGCGUGCAAUAACUUUUAGCUUUAUCUUUUCAAUGAGAUACAAGAAAGAAAUAUUAUAUAUGUUAUUAAAUAGUGACUAUAUUAAGCUCAUAUUAUCAUGUUUUGCUUUAACGUUAUGUAGUGUCCGCUGUUUAAUGCCCCAUUGUUUAAGGAUAUAUACGUUGAUCGUUUAUAUUAUUUUUACUAAUUAUGAGUAAUAAGCGUUCAUGUAUCGAAGUCAUGUAAUAUUAAGUAGUGUGUAGUAAUGUUUUUAAUGAAAUAUUUAUUAUUUACAUGCUAUAACAUAUUUGUAUUGUUACAACUUUUCCAUGUCAUUUUGUUGGUGAUUGAAUUUCAUCUUUUGUAUCUAAAAUAUACAUAAUUAUUGUUACAUAUGUAUAGUGCUCACUUUUAAAUCAGUUAUGUGACUGUUCAUUAAAAAUAUAUUUCUAUACUAUUUAUGAUAAAACAUUGUAUCAUU